AUGUUUUCGGUAGCUUGGAAUAGUUUCGCUACACUUGCUGUAGCCUCCUUUUCACCUGAUCCUGUCGUUGUUGGAACAACUGAUGCUUUUGCUAUCACUGGAAUACUAAAUUACGAUAUCAUCGAAACCGACAACACUUGUAUUCUUUACUGGGAAUAUCGUAAUAACAAUAGCAAGUGA